AUGACAGACACUCUUAACAAAGCUAACACAUACAUCUAUGAUUUAAACAAGGAUAUAUUAGACUCUUUAGAAUUAAUGAGCUUUAAUUCUUUAGUUUCCGAAGUUAUUAUUAAUACUGGCAAGUUAGACAUUAAUGAAGAGCAAAAAUUCCCAGAUAAAACUUCUCUCAAGAAGUGUAAUUCCUGUGACAUAGAAUUUGAGACUGACUUGUUAUUGAAGUCACAUUAUAGAGAAGAUUUCCACAGAUAUAAUUUAAGAAGAAAGGCGAAUGGGAUUUUGCCGAUCACUUUCUCUGAAUUUGAGAAUAUUAUGAGGAACAGCGAUGUCGAAAGUAUUUCUGGAUCCGAUGAUGUUGAAACAUCUGAUAAUGAAAGUGACGAGGAUAUCUUUUCCACUCAUAAAGAUCAAUUGGAUGUUAUUAUGGAGAAUGAAAUAGCCACCUUAAACAGUAGCAGAGAUAAUCAGCAAGACUCUGCAAGCCAUUUGAAUACGAGAUCCCCGAUGCUGUACCUGAGGUCUAGACAUCUUUCCGAAGAGCAAGUUUUUGGUCUUUAUAAGUGCAUUUUCACACCCAAUACCAUCCAGCACCCAUUGGAUACCUUGCGAAAAUGGCAAGACAAUAAAAAACCCCCAGGGAUGUCUGCACUUUUUAUGUUCGGUGGUGGACAUUUCGCUGGUGCAAUCAUAUCCCAUCAAAGGCAGUCUAUUACUGGCAACCUAACGAAGCAAGGACAAUCAUUACAGACACAGUCGGUAAAGUUAAUAGAACAUAAGACAUUUCAUAGGUAUACUACAAGAAGGAAGCAGGGCGGAUCUCAAUCCACAAUGGAUAAUGCUAAAGGAAAAGCAAAUUCAGCAGGCUCAUCUCUUCGUAGAUAUAACGAAGCUGCAUUAAAAAAUGACAUUCAGAUCGUAAUAAAACAAUGGGAGCCAUAUUUAAGCAAAUGUGAAAAUAUCUUUAUCAGAGCUAAAAAUAUAGCCGACAUGAAGAUAUUUACAGAAUCUGGAAAUUUGAAGAAAGAUGAUCCUAGAAUUAAAAAAAUCCCUCUCACUACUAAAAGGCCUACUACCAAUGAAAUUAAAAGAGUAUGGUGCGAAUUGACAUAUUUACACAUUACACUAAGACCACAGCCUGUCUCACAGGACAAAGCUGUUCCAUCAGUAGUGCCACAUCCUAUACAACAAAAGAAGGUUGAAGAGGUCAAGGAACUGAAAUUGGAAGAGAUACAUACCAAAGAAGUUACGUCGAUACUGAAAAAAUCCAAGGCCCCGCAACUUUUAUUGUACCUCAAAAAGCAUAAACUGGACGUUAAUUUCAAACUUUUGCCAUCCUAUGAAUACUCACAAACCCCAACAAUGCUUCACUAUGCAUCCCAAAAUUCACUUAAGAACAUGGUUCUUUUUUUGCUUUCUAAUUUGAAAAGUGAUCCUACUAUUAAGAAUGAAUUUGGCAAAACUGCAUGGGAUCUGGCGAAGAAAAUAGAGGUCAAGCGCUCCUUUCAAAUUGCUAGAAGUAACCUUGGAGAAUCUUUUACAACAUGGGAGGAUUCUAAUAUAGGGGAGCCAUUAACAAGAGAACAGGUCGCUGAAUUAACUGAUAAGGAAUCUAAACUCGAGGCCGAGGAAUCAUCCAGGGCGAUGGAAAGAGAACUAGAAAUUGUUAGAGAAAGGCAAAGACAUAAAUUGGAAUCUAAAAGGGGUCCAGGAAAAACUCUGAAUGAUAGAAUUUCAAGUAACCAGUUACAUUUAAACUCUUUGUCCGAAGAUCAAAGAAAAAGAUUGAUGAGAGAACAGCGUGCGCGUGCAGCAGAGGCUCGAAUGAAGCUUUCUGCAAAUAAAUAA